CGCUAAUCCACUGGAAUUUUACAUCUUCAAAUUCUCACGUCAGUCGCAUUACAGCACUGAUCUAAAGAUUUCACAAUCGGAGUAUUUAUUAUGAACAUGAGAAGAAGACUCUACUCUCAGGAAUCCAACAUUGCGACUGGUGGAUAGCCUCGCCAAGGACCACCUCCACAUUCAACUAUCUUCCUACACAAAUACGAUGGCAUCCAGAAGCAAGCAACAUGGUCGCUUCGUAGCACCUCCUUCCUCAUCCGAUUCUGAGACCUCUUCGGCGCAUCACAGGAUAGAAAGGCGGAGACGCGACGCCAACCUCUACGAUGCCAUUGCAGGGCGCGUGACAACGACAUUACCACUUGACGAGCCGAGCUACUAUCAACGCGCCUCGCUCCGAGAUGCGACCCUCGCGCCAGAGGAGGUCCUCUUCCGACGCAUUGGAGCACCUAUCCGCUAUGCAGAAAAAGACAUCUACCACGCCCACGAACGGCUCCCGGACGCUGGUCGCGACAUGCUGCCCGAUAGCGACAUGCUCAAGUCGAUACACCGCUACGCGAGCCACUUCUAUGGUAGACUUCCCGCGACGGAGGUCGGUAAGACCAGCGGUGGCCAUGACAAAGAGAACAUAGACGAGCGAACCAUGGACGAGACGGCGCUUCUUGCGUUUGGCAUUCUGCUCGAAGAGGUAGGCCGCGAGGCCCUGGGCAAGAGGGGCGAUAUGGUCUUCACCGAGGGUGUUCAAGUUAGGGAUGAAGGUUGCCGACCAGAGACACACAACGAGGCCGUCAGCUUCCUAGACGUGGCGCCACCGCUGACGAUUUCACGACGACAUAAUCGGAUAAGAUUGUCGAAAGAGCAAACGCGUUAAUGAUCUUAGCAGCGCUUACGAUGAGAUGUGACAAAUCUUGACUCCCCCGAGACGGAGUGGAGACGGAGUGGAGUAGAUGAUACAAUGCAAUGCGCAUAUAAUGGAUUGUUUGCAUGCACGUUACGAUGUCCGACGCAAACAAUCUGCUCGGAUCCUGAACCUGGGCUGUCUCCUCGCAGAGUACUGCCAGUUGGGAGAUUGUCAAAUUGCCUGCCGGCAAAGUAAUUGAUUCUCUAUAGCUCCAGGUUGCUAGAGAUCUCCACGUUUCAUGCGUGCUGACAGUAUGUGACUAUCAAAGCUACAUGUAGCUCCAUGUACCUCACAGCCAAAGGCACCUGCCAAUGACCUGUCGCGUUUCUGGCAUCCCAAGAC